CGAAAAGCCAAUGCGGUCUGCGAGAAGACCACAAGGAAGAAGAAGAACGGUAAGGAACGGAACAAGGACGGAUUUGGGAGAUACCCAGAAGGCUAGAUCGAGAAUCGGGUGGCAGUCGGGAUCGGGGAAGCGGAAUCGCAUCGGAUCUGAUGUUGGAUUGGGGAUUGGCUGCGGAAACAGGAGUUAGGGUUUUCGAUUCGACCGCAGCUGUUGUAAUUGUGGUGGGGCUGCACGAUCAAGGAUGCAGCUUCACAUAUCGCCUAGCAUGAGAAGCAUCACGAUAUCGAGCAGCAAUGGGUUUAUUGACUUGAUGAAGAUCAAAGUCGCAGCUCGUCACAUCUCUUAUCGAACCCUUUUCCACCCGAUCCUAAUCCUUGCUUUCUUGUUGCCAUUCGUCUUCAUCCUAACCGCUGUUGUUACCCUUGAAGGUGUCAACAAUUGUUCCUCGAUUGAUUGUCUGGGGAGGCGGUUAGGUCCACGGCUUCUUGGUAGAGUAGAUGAUUCAGAGCAGAGACUAGUUAGGGAAUUCUAUAAAAUUUUAAAUGAAGUAAGCACUCAAGAAAUUCCAGAUGGUUUGAAGCUUCCAGAUUCUUUUAGUCAACUUGUUUCAGAUAUGAAGAACAACCACUACGAUGCAAAAACAUUUGCUCUUGUGCUGCGAGCUAUGAUGGAGAAGUUCGAACGGGACAUUAGGGAAUCUAAAUUUGCUGAACUUAUGAACAAGCACUUUGCAGCAAGUUCCAUUCCGAAAGGCAUCCAUUGUCUCUCUCUAAGAUUGACAGACGAAUAUUCCUCCAAUGCUCAUGCACGUAGACAACUUCCUUCCCCGGAGUUUCUCCCUGUUCUUUCAGACAACUCAUACCACCAUUUUGUGCUGUCUACCGACAAUAUUCUGGCUGCAUCAGUUGUCAUCGCUUCCACCGUUCAAUCAUCCUUAAACCCGGAGAAAAUUGUCUUCCAUGUCAUCACAGACAAGAAAACCUAUGCGGGUAUGCACUCAUGGUUUGCGCUUAACUCUGUGGCACCUGCCAUUGUUGAAGUUAAAGGUGUUCAUCAGUUUGACUGGUUGACAAGAGAGAAUGUACCCGUUUUGGAAGCCGUGGAAAGCCAUUACGGGGUCAGGAAGUAUUAUCAUGGAAAUCAUGUCGCUGGGACAAAUCUCAGUGAAACCACUCCUCGGACUUUUGCUUCAAAAUUGCAGUCUAGAAGUCCAAAAUACAUAUCUUUGCUCAACCAUCUCAGAAUAUAUCUACCCGAGCUCUUCCCAAACUUGGACAAAGUGUUGUUCUUAGAUGAUGAUGUGGUUGUCCAGAGGGACUUGUCUUCCCUCUGGGAUAUUGACCUGAACGGAAAGGUUAACGGAGCAGUAGAAACAUGUAGGGGGGAAGAUCAAUGGGUGAUGUCUAAGCAUUUCAGGAACUACUUCAAUUUCUCCCAUCCGCUCAUUGCAAAGUAUUUGGAUCCCAAAGAAUGUGCAUGGGCAUAUGGCAUGAAUAUCUUUGAUCUACGAGCUUGGAGGAAGACAAAUAUCAGAGAAACAUAUCAUUCUUGGCUUAAAGAGAAUCUGAAGUCGAAUCUAACGAUGUGGAAACUGGGAACUUUGCCACCGGCCCUUAUCGCGUUUAGAGGACAUGUUCACCCGAUAGAGCCGUCGUGGCAUAUGCUGGGUUUAGGCUAUCAGAAUAGCACAGACGUAGAAGACGUGAAGAGGGCUGCGGUAAUACACUACAAUGGCCAGUCGAAGCCAUGGCUGGAGAUUGGGUUUGAGCAUCUCCGGCCAUUUUGGACAAAGUACGUCGACUACUCGAAUGAUUUCGUGAGGAACUGUCACAUCUUGGAGUAGCACUUAACCCUUGUAGAGAAGAGGAAAGGGGAAAGAUCACCCUGAAGGUUUUUGUUUUUUUUGGCUUGGGGGAUUACAUUCAAGAGAACUGCAGAGAUUAUUCACUCAGCGGUGAUUCAGAUUAUCAGCUGCCUCGGUAAAAAGAUGAAAGAUUUUCAUUCUUUAUGUAGAAUAGGAAGGUACCCUUCUUUCUUUUUUUCUCUCUAAAUUCAUUUCAUCCAAUUGGUUUUUGGAUCUCUCGUGACAAAAGGAUAUUGUUGAUAAUAUUGAGGGGAGGAGACUGUUGCUGGCUGCGUUUGCUACUUCUUUUUUGUUCCAUUAGCAUUUUAGUGAAUCUUAUGGACAUUGCUUUCCUCUCAUGAGGGUUCCUUCUUUGCUCAAACAAGAAACAAAUAUUCUCCACUGUAUUUUUGUGAAAGGCUGAAUUAAUAUUAAAUAUAUAUAUAUUUGCCCAUUUGGAUGUGUUUUAUUUAGUACCAAUGAUCUCAGACAAUAAUGACAAUAGUUAUUUUGGCUCGAAUCUAGAAUCAAUUUAUCCGUAAAAAUCUCUCGAACAAAUUUUAGUGUCUUCGUCCUGUGGAAUUUUAUUUUAAGGACAUUAAAUGGAAUUUUAGCCAGAGACAGAGAGAGGGAAGCGUGCUUUUCCAGAAGCAUAGAGAUGGGAGGGACGGCAGAGAAAAUGGAAGCUUUGACCGCCUCUCAUUCGCGAGACUUCGAGAUCUACUAAUCGCAACUCUCUCUCUCUCUCUCUCUGUAUCUAUCUCUGUCUCUUCUCUUGGCAACCUUUGAUUCUUAUAGAUCGUUCCGAUUCAUCUGGGUAGUCUGCUCAGACCAGCCGCAGAGG